UCGUAGAAGUUGGCUGAUAUCUGAUGGCUUCGACGUGGCUGAAACCUUAGGUACCCCCAGAUUCUCAGCCAUCUCUAAGCCGUCGGAAUUUUUGGACAACACGCAGUGUGUUCUUCACAGCAACUAUGGUUCGGUUGAUCACCCACAAUUUACUCGCAUGCCAUGUCAAAGGAUGCACUACAAAUAAUUUUCCACUCAUAUUUCGAGAUGUCGAAGUUGAACUACAAGAAACAGAAUUCAACCCUGACUUCAUCCGGAAUAUGCUGUCUCGAUUGGAAUGGACUGCCUUGAUAAAUGCUGCGAAGCAGGUCGGAGACACAUCACUACCUCCAGAACAGCCAGACAUGAUGGACGACGAGCUACUUCAGAAGCUUCAUCAUGUUUUAAUGGAGAUCAAUGUUACUGAUGGUGCGAUGGUCUGUCAAAAUUGUAACCACAUAUACCCCAUAUCUAAUGGGAUCCCAAACAUGUUAUUGGCCGAGCAUGAAAUCGGCUAAAUCAUGAAUUGCCCCUUCGAGAGUUAACGUUCGCUAGUGCACUGCCGUGUCGAAUUGAUUUAUCACAGCACAAUGAUGGAGUAGUCUGCAAAGUAUAGUAGUAUUUCGUGAAUAAACUUUCAACUGAGUUGAU